GCCUGCGACCCUCGCAGCAGGGCCGGCAGAUCAAUGCCUCCGGCCGGGACGGCCCGCGGCCCUCGCAGCCGGGCCGGCCGCCCACGGAGACGGGGUCCGAGCCAUCGGGCUCCCAGGACUCCAAGGAGGGCCUCCUCCAAGGGCUCGAUCCUGCGGAGCUGGAGGCCCAGCAGCAGCAGAUGCGGCAGUUCGAGGCGGCUCAGGCGGAGCAGCUGCGGCCUCCCGUCGACAGCAGGGUGCCGCCGAUCCAGGGCAUGCCGUCGAGCGGCAUGGGCCGCCUGUCCGGCGCGGAGCCGGCGCAGGCCUCUGGGCUGCCGCGCGACGAGGUGUAG